AUGCAGCUUCUGGAGCUGCUGUCAUUCGUGCUCUGUCUUCUCCUUUCCUUCUCGAUUUCUCUUGCAUCGCUUCUUCUCUUCAUUGGACUUCGUUUCUGCGUCCAUGCCCCUCAGCAUUUCGUGCCCCUCAGGCUGCAUGCUCGCCUGUUUCUUAAUGCUGACGAAAGCACUUCACCUGACCUGGCCUUGGGCUGGUCGGAGAUGGAUGGAGUGGAGUUGUUGGAGGUAUACGGUCACGACGUGCAUGUGUUUCUCUUUCGUUCAUUGAUCAAUCAGCUUGACCUUAAAAAUGCGAAAUCAAUUACAGAUCAAACGAAACUCCAGCUCCUGGCACAGGAGCUGGGGACAGUUAUGACGAAACCGAAUUUCGCAAGUGUAAUUUGUCAAGCAUUUGAAGGAAUUCAUUUGACUGAAGAGCUCUGUAACAAUUUGGCGAAGACUUUGAAGCUUACUUUUGCCCAACACCUUACGUUUGGCCUUGCGCUUUGUCAGUCUCAAGAUCAAUCUGUGCAUCAAAAAGGCACUCGAAUUGUGCAGUCGAAGCUACCAGAGUGCACAUUAACAAAUUUGAAACUCUUGAAUUCGGCUGUCUUGUCUACUCUGCUGGUAGUGAUCGAGACUGAAAGCUCUUUCGUAGCGAAAGAGACUCAGGAGGUAGUUAUGCAGGUUUUGAGUGCCAUCAAGUCUAUGAGUGUUCAGAAGGACACUGAUCCCUCGCUGCUUCCAAUUUUGAAAGGAGAUCAAGAAUCUGAUCGUAUCGAACGAGACAGUGAAGAGCUGAACUCAACCAUGCUUGAUUCUAUGCUUUCUACAUCUGACACCGAGCUCGCUGAGGUGAUGAAUGAUGUCGGCUAUUCGUCAUGUACAAGUGUGGAAACUCUUGUAGAAAUAAUCUCAAAUUGUACAAAUGUGAACGAAGGCUCUGUCGCAAAUGCCAUCUGCAUGAUGGCGAAAACAUUGAACGGUCUUCAAGACUCUGCACUGCCUGUCACUUCAGCCAAGAUGGCCUCAGAUGCUAGUGCGGACUCCGAGCAAGGAAAGGAAAAUCCCUCAACAUGGAAUAUUGAAGUCUUCACGGAGGGGGUGAGACAAGCAAACGUUGGCAUCAAAUGGAACGAUGUUUUCAAGUGCCUCGAUACAUCAUUGUUGAAUGGAGUAGAUGAUGAUGGACUGAAAUUCAUAUUUACGCUACAUGAUGUUGCUUGCAGGGAUACCUUUCCCAUCGAGACCGUGUUGAAGCCUUGGCGAAACUCGAAUGCACAAUUUCAACUUUUGAAAUUCUUGAUAAACGGUGGACCGGAAAUUCACAAGGUUCUGGAGGCUGCUCCGAACAAGAUCAAAGCUAUUGAACUCAGUGACGGAAGUCGCAUCUUUGAUGCUGUAUGGACCUCGAUUGAUCUUGUCGAGACACUGCUCCGUCUGUCGGAGUCGGAAGGUUACGAGAAGGUAGCACCAUUGUUCAAUCGUCCCGUCAUGUCCUGCAGUGAAGUUUUGAUUUUCACUUUGGCACAGUGCAAGUCAACUGGGGGUGCAUUGUACAGCAGGCUUUUGUCACGAUUGAUAAGUCAGUUUAUGAUCAACAGGCAGCAGCCUUGCUGAGAAUUCUAGAAGUGAUUCAAGAAUUGGGACUGCUCCUUGAAGUUUUGAACUCGAAGCAAGAUAGACACUUUACCAUAGACUUGGCUGUGCUAGCUGCGCAGAACACAGGGUUGCCGUUUGCAAACUGGGCUAGUAAGGCUGGCGAAGUCGGAGGCGAUGAGUUUGCCCUUGCAGCUGUGUCAUAUUUGCGUUCAAGGGUGUAUGGUGGAGAUACAAUGAAUGCAAAACCGGGACCAAGUGUGCCCAUGGAAUAUGCGUCAGCUUUGCUGCAGUUGCGACGUCCGAAAUCCGGAGAUUGGUUCAAGAAUCACAGGGAAGAGCCGUGGGCAAACAUGGUGGAUCAGGCGGAGAAAGCAACAGUGGAACAGGCAUUCUCUCACAAGCGGCGCAAUCGCAAAUGCCUGGCGAACAGGGACAGGCCCAAGGGACAACCAAGUGCACUGUUUGCACAAGACAUUGAGGAAGAGGCCAAUUCACACUUCCAAAGGAUUUACACAUCCGAGAUGCAAAUCGAAGGAGUUGUACAAAUGCUCAAGGGAUUUAAGGCGUCUUCUAAUCAGCGGGAACAAGAGGUUUUUGCAUGCAUGAUCCAUAAUCUGUUCGAUGAAUACCGUUUCUUUCCACGUUACCCGGAAAGAGAGCUCUUGAUCACGGGCAAAUUGUUUGGAUCUUUGAUUCAACACCAGCUAGUGUCGUCCAUUACUCUUGGGAUUGCACUGCGAUAUGUGCUGGAAGCCUUGAGGAAGCCUCUUCGCAGCAACAUGUUUAAGUUUGGAAUGUGUGCGCUCGAACAGUUCAAGGCUCGAUUGGUGGAGUGGCCACAGUAUUGCCAUCACAUUCUCCAGAUUGCACAUAUUCGGCAGAGCCACGAAGAGUUGAUUGACUACAUCCAGCGGGCACUCUCCUCAUCAGGAGCGGCGAGACCCACCACACCUCAUGAACAGGGUCCAGUGCCUUCAUCGCAAGGGCUUACCAGCGGCACAGGGCAGCCACAAGUGUCGCAAGCUCCUUCGAUUUCCAACACGCAACAGAGUGCGGCUGUGGCACCUAAUGUCGUACCGGGAUCCAUGAAGCAGGGCAUGGAUUUCUCUCAGGACUACCCUCAAUCGACUCCUGUAUCGGUGCCUUCAACCUCGAGCGUAACACAGGCUCAGGUCAAUGCAUAUGGUGCUUUCAAUGAUCAAACAUCUGGAGGAAGCUCAUUUGCUGGGUUUGUACAAGGAUUCUCUCAGGAAUCCAACCAGACAAAUUUCGCAAACUUGCAGAACUUUGUCGCGGAUAUCAAUUCUGGAUCAAAUUCUUCCCAGGAGGCAGCUCCGACGGUGGACAUGCGGAGUGCCGCAGUACAAAAUACUUUAUCGGUUGUGUCAGGAGCUCAUGCCUUCGGAGUGACUACCAACGUUGAUGUUUUACUGCAAAGAGCAAACCCUGUCGUGCAACCUGAUACGGCCCAGCAGGACAAGAUUCAUUUCAUUUUCAAUAACUUGUCUAAUACCAAUUUGGAGCAAAAGGAAAAGGAUCUGCUUGCAACUAUCACGGAUGCACACGUUCCAUGGCUCCAACAGUAUGUUGUUGUCAAAAGAGCUGCACAAGAAUCCAAUUAUCUUUCUCUGUACUGUCAAUUCGUGGACCGGCUUGACAAGAAGGUUUCCCAGUUUGUCAAAGGUGUAAUACGCUGCACUAUUGAUAACAUCAAAAUUCUGUUGGGUGAAGACAAAGUUACUAGCAGUGUGUCGUUGAGAAGUCUUCUCAAGAACUUGGGCAGUUGGCUUGGCAUGCUUACAUUGCAGAAGAACAAGCCAAUCUUGCAACGAGACCUGGAUUUGAAGCAGCUUGUGAUUGAUGCAUACGAAAAGGGCAGACUGAUAGCGGUCGUACCGUUCAUUGCUAAAGUCCUCGAAAAUGUGUCCAAUUCUCGAAUUUUCAAGCCUCCCAACCCAUGGACGAUGUUGAUACUUGGUCUGCUAGCUGAAAUCCAUCCAAUGACGGAUUUAAAAUUGAAUGUCAAGUUCGAGGUUGAGGUGCUUUGCAAGAAUUUGAACAAGGACUUGAAGGAUAUCAAACCGAGCUGUGUUCUGAAGAAUCGUACGACGGUGAAAGAAGGCAACCCUGAUUGGAAUGUUCGCGGUGCGGACAGUGGUUUGGGAUCAAUCAAACCGUUACCCACAGUUCCGGAUCAGAGGUUACUGGCAGCUGCAGCAGGAAUUUCAGCGGCCUCCUCUCAGGCAAAUGUGGCAACAUCGGGUGGGCAGGGAGCAGCACCAGGGGGCUCUAAGGAUGAUUUGAACUUGCAAGGUGUUCCGCAAUCGGUUGAUCAGUCAAUCCAGAACCUGAAUAUAUCAAAUUACAUCACAAUCAACCCCAGCAUUGCGAUUUUCCAGCAGUAUCCCAAUCUCGUCUCGGCUGUCAUCCAGGCUGUUACCCAGGCAAUCAAGGAAAUCGUUUCGCCAGUGGUUGAUAGAUCUGUAACUAUCGCUUGCAUCACGACAAGGGAACUGGUGUCCAAAGACUUCGCCCUCGAGCAAGAUGAACAGCAACUCAAGGCGGCCGCACACAUGAUGGUUCAAAAUCUGGCUGGAAGCUUGGCACUCGUUACCAGCAAAGAGCCCUUGAGGCAUACCAUGUGCAACCAGCUUCGAGCGAUUCUUAACAAGACGAAUUUGUUUGACUCUUCUCUGAUCGAACAAGCUGCACAGCUAGUUGCAAAUGACAACCUUGACCUUGGUUGCAAUAUUAUCGAAAAGGCAGCUACUGAGAAGGCUGUGAGGGACAUCGAUGUCACUCUGGAUCUUGCUCUUCUACAUAGAAGGAAGCUAGGAACUCCGUUCCAUGAUGCGCUUGUACAAGUACAGCAGUGGCUGCCGAUUCUUCCUGAGUCUCUCCGACCCAAGGCAGGACCUCACCAGAAGAGGGUCUAUGAAGACUUCAUGAGGCUUCCUCGAGAUCGUGUGGCCCACCAAGCGGCUACCCAGCCAACCGCGACCGGCGCAACCGAGCCAAACUUGCGUGGAUUUGCGGAAGGAGGCAACAUGCCAAUGCAGUCGAACCUUCCCGCAUCUGGUAUGCACAUGCCUGUUCAGAAUCAACAGACGGAGCAUCUGAGGGUGGCACUCGACAAAUGCAUGGUCUGCUUGACCAAGGCAGAAGAAGUUGUAACUCGCAACCCGCAAUUGGCAGCGACAUCUCUGAAUUCUCUACCUCAAGUGCACGAGAUUCAGCAACUGCUGAUGCAAUCGUUUGCUGUGAUCACUCAGUCAGUUGUUCGCGAGGAAGUUGCUGUUGCCUAUGGUCACAAGCUCUUUCGAAGAAUUUACGACAAUAGCAAAUUUGGCCGCUGUCAACUCGGAGUGGACUGGUUGUGUGCAGGAUUGGUGCUGAUUGGUGAUGUCACCAAGCGACUGCCGAAAGAAUUGAUGAAUUGGCUUCUUCACGUUGACCCGGACACGAAGUUGAAUCGUGAGCUCACUGUCACUUUGGUGCAGAACCGAUUUUUGAAUCUGAAUUCUCCGGAAUACGUCAAGGAAAUGGUCAAAGCUAUCGAGACCAGAGGAUUAGCAGCAAUGGACUGUGUUAUGUACACAAUUCAGCAGUGUUUGCUAGAGAAGAGAAUCAUCAACACCUCGGAUUGUGCGCGUUUGCUCGACGCGCUUACUAAACUGGCGCAAUCGAAUCGCAAACCUCCUGAGAGCUUGUUGAAACUUCUCGAAGAUGCUCGGAAUAUUGCGCGAGGCAUUCCUAUCUUGCCUCAGGGGGCAGAUGCGAAGGGGAAGAGCUACGAUCCAAGAGUCGUUGCAGGCCUCUUGUCCGCAUCGUGCAAGCCCAAGGAUACUCAGGAUCCUCCAGGUCUCCGAGAUCAGAUUUCUUACACUCUUGAUCAGUGGGUGGUUACGAUUCAGACGAAUGACGAGAGGUCAGUGCUGCAGUCCAUCACCUUGUUGCUUCAGCAGGGUUGGUUGAAAGGCGACGAAGUCACUGAUCGCUUCUUCCGGAUUUGUAUCGAGAUCUGUAUCGACAGGUGCACGGCUGCUCUCAGCGAUCCUUCGAUCCCUCCGAAUGUGUCGUACAGUCAGCCAGAUGCGUUGGCCAAGCUUGUUUUGGUCCUUGUGCGGUGCUAUGACGAUUGGAGCCGAUCGACGACGUUGUCGAAGAAUGGAAUGGUUAACAAAUUCCUUGCGGCGUACGUACGCGUCUUGCACAAUGCGCAAGCCGAAAGGAAGUAUCAGUUGAACCAGAAACCUUUCCAUCGUUUGUUCUUGAGACUUCUGCUCGAGUUGACCGAAGCGAUUGGGGACUCAAUCGUAUUUGCCUUGGCUGAUGUUCUUCAUGCUGUGCAACCAAGACUCGUGCCCAGCUUCAGCUUCUCGUGGUUGGAGCUUGCCUCGCACAAGAGCAUGAUGCCAAAGUUGCUCCAAUCAAGCAACAAGAAGGGCUGGAUGCCGUUCCAACGACUUCUCGUAGGACUCUUCAGGUACCUGGAGCCAUACCUUCGCAGCGCAGAACUUCACGAACCUAUCAAGGUUCUGUACAAGGGAACUCUCAGAGUGCUCCUUGUGCUCUUGCACGACUUCCCAGAGUUCCUCUGCGAAUUCCAUGCAAGCUUCUGUGACGUCAUACCUCCUUCAUGCAUCCAGCUACGAAAUCUGAUCCUCUCGGCGUUUCCACGGAACAUGACCCUGCCAGAUCCUUUCACGCCCCAGCUGAAAGUCGACCUGUUGCCGGAGAUUCACAAACCUCCCAUCAUUCUGUCGAACUUCACAUCGAUCCUCGCGCAGACUGGAAAUCUCAAGUCAGAUCUGGACAAUUUCUUGAAAGGACGAGGCCGGGACAGCUUCCUGCAAGAGCUUCCGUUGACCCUCCUGUUGACUAGCCCAGUGGAGGCUGCGGCUGCAGGCACCAAGUACAACGUGCCGCUGAUCAACUCGUUGGUGCUCUACGUGGCUGCUUCCGCGAUCUCGCAGAAUGGAUCAGUACAAGGAAAGACUCCAAGCAUCGGAGGCGCAAGCCUCGAGCUCUUUGUCAAGCUCAGCCGCGACCUGGACACGGAAGGGAGAUACCUGUUCUUCAACGCGAUUGCAAACCAGCUUCGAUAUCCCAAUAGUCAUACACACUACCUCAGUUGUGUCCUCCUCAACCUAUUCCAAGCGUCGCAGGACAAGGAGAUCGUUCGUGAGCAAGUGACCCGCGUCCUGAUUGAGCGACUGAUCGUGAACAAACCUCAUCCUUGGGGUCUGCUGAUCACCUUCAUCGAGCUCAUCAAGAACUCCACCUACGACAUCUGGCGACACGAUUUUGUGCGAUCGAGCAAGGAGAUAGAGCAGUUGUUUCAGUCUGUUGCAAGGUUCUGCCUUCCGCAGCAAGGCGGGGGAAGUGGAGGCUCUCAAGGGACCAGCAACGCUCCUGGGCUCUCGGACAUGCCGGCGCUCAGAGGCCAAGGGGCCUCUCAGUGAUGCGUGACCCUCGUGUCAUGCGAGUAUGAUCCAUUCGUUUACUCGAUCAUCGCGGAUUUCAUGUCCUGCCGAGAGCGCCUGAUUGGCCUACCAGCACUGACCUUGUGCUGGGGUUAACCCAGUGAGCCUUGUCGCUUCCGCCACGACACACUUCUGCUCAACAUUCUUUGGAUAUGCACGAUGUGUAGAUUAUUCAUUUGUACAGGGGCAGCGUUAAGGGGUAACACUUAAUCUGGACUGUCUCGUGAGAUUUCACAGCGCGCUUGAUAUGCAAGGCGGGGUUGGGACUCUCCGACCGCGAGGGAUGAAAUCUGAGCGAUCAGCCUCAGGGCAUGAGCACAGCGACGUGUGUGAAAGCAAAAGUUUGUCGUCUGGUGCUAGUGGCUCUGAUUUAAUAAUUGUUGAUAAACGAGGAUUCUUCAU